AGCUCCGAAGAAGGAUUUUCAUGGCUAACUGACUGGCUGGGUGUUCAUAAAAGGGGUUCUACCACAGUAGACCACAUUUACCACAGCAUUUGUACUGCGACCAUCACCCUUGACUCUGGGAACAUACAGGAAGUCAGGAGAACACACGGUACAUGCAAGAGACACCUUUCUGCCUCAGAGUUGGACACCUUCACUCCUUCUCCAUGUCAAAUUACAACACAACCGACUUCACCAACCCCUCCAUCUUCAUCCUCCUGGGUAUUCCUGGCCUGGAGGCAGCCCAUGUCUGGAUCUCCAUCCCCUUCUGCACCAUGUAUGCAAUAGCCAUCUUGGGGAAUUUCACAAUCCUGAUCAUUGUAAAGAGGGAUCCGAGCCUCCACGGGCCCAUGUACUAUUUCCUCUGCAUGCUGGCCAUCACCGACCUGGUCCUGUCUACAUCCGUCCUGCCCAAAAUGCUGGCAAUCUUCUGGUUCAAUUCCCGGGAGAUCGAUUUCAGUGCCUGCCUCACCCAGCUAUACUUCAUUCACUGCUUCUCGGGGAUGGAGUCUGGGAUCUUUGUGGCCAUGGGUUUCGAUCGCUAUGUGGCCAUCUGCCAUCCCCUGAGACAUUCCACCAUCCUGACAAACCCAGUGGUGGCCAAGAUGGGACUGGCCGUGGUGCUGCGCAGUAGCAUGCUUGUACUGCCCUAUCCCUUCUUGGUAAGACAGUGGCGAUACUGCAGAACCAACAUCAUCCCCGAGCCAUUCUGCGCACACAUAUCCGUGGUGAAGCUGGCCUGCGGCGACACCCAGGUCAGCAGUUACUAUGGUCUCUUUGUGCUAUUGUGUGUAAUGGGUCUGGAUGGGAUUUUUAUUGCCAUGUCCUAUACCCAGAUCCUCAGGGCCAUCUUCAGCCUCCCCACAAAGGACGCCCGGCUCAAGACUUUUGGAACCUGCGUCUCCCACCUCUGUGUCACCUUAAUCUUUUACAUCCCAGGUCUCUUCUCCUCCCUCACGUACCGUUUUGGACAGAAUGUGCCCCUGCAUUUCCAUGUUCUUAUUGGCAACAUGAACCUACUGGUGCCCCCCAUGAUAAACCCCAUCAUCUAUGGGGUGAGGACCAAACAGAUCCGGGACAGGCUGCUCCGAUUCAUUACUCAUAAGGGAUGA